AUGGCGGUCGGUGUAGCGUCCAUACCACCUGCACCACCUCCACCUCCAUCACAUCAACAAUCAGUUGCUGCAUGCUCCACCGAGAGGGAUCGUUUACCAAAACUGAAGGAGUUGGUAAAAACAGAUCUACACACUUAUCAGUUGUAUAAGAUUAUCGGUGAAGGUGGCUAUGGUACCGUAUACGAGAGUGAAACUGAUGAUGGGCGUCGUGUAGCCGUAAAAGCCGAAAAGUACAGUAAGUCAAUGCUGCACAUAGAAGCAAGUGUGAUGCGUGCUGCAGCACGGCGACAUAGCGAACAUAUUUGCGAGCUGAUCGAUUACGGUAAUGAGAAACCAGAUUAUAUUUUCAUUGUGAUACCAUUGCUGGGGAAAGACCUGCACAAAUUGCGCAAUGAGCAAAUCAAUAGACGCUUCUCGCUGUGUACUGCAAUACAAGUAGGCCUGCAAACGCUGAAGGCUAUUGAGGAAUUACAUUUGAGUCAUUUUAUAUCGCGUGACAUCAAACCUGGUAAUUUCAUGGUCGGAUUACGUGAAAAUCAACAGCACAAGACGAUAUUUUUGAUCGAUUUUGGGCUUGCUAAAAAGUACGUUGAUAAGAACGGUAAAUUACUUCCAUCACGUGGUGAAGUGGGAUGGCGAGGCACAACACGAUAUGGCUCGCUGAAAGCACAUCUGAGGCUCGAUUUGGCGAGGAGAGAUGACCUGGAAUCGUGGUUUUAUCUGCUUGUCGAGAUUACUCGUGGCUCUUUACCGUGGCGACACGUUUCUGAGCGUGCUGGUGUGCAAGCAGCCAAGUUGAUGGCUCGUGAUGCAGGUCGGACACAAUUUUUCCAUCAAUGUCCGAAGCAAUAUGAAACGUUGAUGGAAAUGAUUGAUGGAUUAGUAUUCGAAGAUAAUCCGAAAUACAAUGAAUUUGUGGAUGUACUGAUGGAUAUUAAAAAAGAAUGGAAAUUACGACUCAAUUCGCGGUUUGAUUGGGAUGAAGACAUGACAUCAACGCGAUCUACGACAAGAAGCAUAUCAUCGGAUGCGGAGUGCGAGAAAGCUAUUAAAGAAGAAUAUAUGAAAGGUGUAGCAGAAGUUGAUCUGAAGGAACGCGAAAUGAUAGAAGUUAAAAAUAAGCAAAAAGAGCCGCGGAAGUUAUUAUCAGGUGUGAUGCCACUGUCUACACCUGCACUAUCAACAGCAGUAUCAGUUCUGCGACAACAACAAAACCAGCAGCAACGACAACCUUUCUUCAUUCAUCAGGAACCGCAAUCAGCCGGUUCAUUUUGA